UCGGCGCUGAACACGUGGAGCUUUGGAAACCAGGACAGCACAUGAGUGUCUCUCAGACUACAAAAGCGAUCCAGGCGCGUGCGAAAGGCAGCGGCGGGCGAAAGGCGAGAGAAUGGCACCGAACGGGGCGCCCCGCGGGGGACCCUGCCUGCGUGGCGCCCGGGGCGGGGAUCGAGAGAGCCGCGCGCCGGCACGUGUUCGUCUCGGAAGGCGGCCCGGCCGGUGUGGGCGCGCGUGUGCACGUGGGGGCGUGGGGCGUGUGCCCGCGCCGGGCCCCCCGCGCGUGCGGCCGGGCGGGCGCUGGCGUGAGUCACGGCGGGGCUCGCCUUUAUAACGGCCGGGGAGGCUCGCGGGGCCGCUGCGCUCGCCCGCCCGCCGCUCCGCGCUCCACGGAGCGCGUCCGGCCCCACGGCCCCAACGGCCCCCAACCGCCGCCCAGUCCCGAGGGCGCCAUGAGGAGCCCGCGCUGCGCCCCGCUGCUGCUCCUGCUGCUGCUAUCGCCGCUGCUGCUCACGCCCCCCGCCGGGGACGCCGCCGUCAUCACCGGGGCCUGUGACAAGGAUCCCCAGUGUGGCGGAGGCAUGUGCUGUGCUGUUAGUAUCUGGGUUAAGAGCAUAAGGAUUUGCACACCUAUGGGCAAAGUUGGAGACACCUGCCAUCCACUGACUCGUAAAGUUCCAUUCUUUGGGCGGAGAAUGCAUCACACUUGCCCAUGUCUGCCAGGCUUGGGCUGUUUACGAACUUCAUUUAACCGAUUUAUUUGUUUACCCCGAAAGUAAUCACUUUAGAGCAGAAACUUUUAAAUGUGAACAACCACAGGAUGUCUGUAAAAGUCUUACUUGUGAUUGUGCCAAACAAACAAUAUGCCAGAAAGAAAUACUAUUACUUCCUCAGCCUUCCAAGUACCAUUUUUUUUUAUUCUUUGAUUUUUAAAUGAUGUUUUUUAUUGAAAGGGAAUUGUAAUUUGGAUAGAAAUAUAAAAUGCAAGGCAUUAUGGAACUGGUUCUCAUUUCCCUGUUCGUGUUUCGGUUUGGUUUGGCUUUUUUAUGCCAAUAACUUACCCAUUUUCACAAAAAUGAGGAUAAAAAAAAUUUGAUAAUUUGUUACAGAAACAUUUUUUUCCUUGAUCCUCUUGCCCAUCCCACCCCCAUCCCUGCCCCUUACACACAACACACACACACACACACACACACACACAUGCACACUUCUGGUCUCAUGUCUCUUAUUCCUGAAAGAACUUUAAGGCCCUCAUUUACCUUCUUUGUUUCCUUCCCCUCCCUCUACCGUGGUAAAAUGAGGGUCCAUGCCCUUUAGCUUGCUGGCAGAAUCACUCAUGAGAAUCGGCUUUGGGGCCUGAUACUUAACAGUGAAGAGUGUAUAGUCGAAGUAGAUACUCCAAAGUCCUGCAGAGAGGAGGUUGAGAUGCUUCUUGAUUUUUCACUUAACCUCUCUACCCAUGUGGCCUUCAGCUUUGUGUUUGAUUGGUGAAAUGACAGAAGGAAUGGAAAUCUAAAUUAAUUUAUUACAGAAUUCUAGAGUUUUUUUUUUUUUUUAAGAUUUCUUUUCCAAUAUGCCAUUACAUUUAUUUAUUUUUCUUUUUAAUACAGUUUACUUUUUAAAAAGUCUUAAGAGAAUUUCUAUAAAAUGUCACUUGAAGAGGAAGUAUUGAUUUUGAUCUGGCAUAGCACUAGUUACCAUUUUUAAAUCGGUAUUAAAUUGUAAUUUAAACUUUAUUUUUAAUUGAAAGGUCUCUUGUAAUGGAUUGCCUGACAUCCUGCCGUUUGUACCUGUAUCAGUAUUGCUGUGUAAAAAUUCUGUAUCAGAAUAAUGACAGUACUGUAUAUCAUUUGAUUUAUUUUAAUAUUAUAUCCUUAUUUUUGUCACAGUUGUCAUCAGUUUUUAUUACAAGCAGAUUUCUAUAUAGGUCAAAUUCUAAAAUGGGUAAGGACCCUAAAGCUGGUAGACAUAGCACUCAUAGUAUGUACAUUUUCAUUAUAAAUACAAGAAAGUUCUGUUUGCAUGUAUGUUAAGAUGGUACAAAAAAUAAACAAUUUAUUGAGGUUUUGGAGCAUGAAGGAAAAUUAUGACAUGCAAAACUGAUUGUAAUCAGGAAUGUGCUCAUGAGAUUUCGCUGUAUUUAUUUAGCAAAUUAUAUGGAAUAUUCAUCACCGGGGAUUAGGCAGGGUGCUAGGCACUGGACAGUGAUGCCAAUAUAGUAGGGCCUUCAAAACCCUAUAUAAGUAUUGUAAAUGGAUUCAAUGCUGCAAAUAAACAACUUAUGAAAUGUGUUUAACUGACUAAGCUUGACCAUGCCAAUCCACCAACCAUUCAAAAAAAAAAAAAAAAAUUGUCCGUUUCUAGCUAUUCACACAGCCAGGGCUUCCAGUUCCACCCUGGGUGUAAUUUUACUCCUUGGGCUAACAUGUACAUGUCAAUGUCUGGGAUUUUGCAUUUAGUACUUGUUAUAUACUUGGGCACAGAAGUAUGAUUUCUGGUUCAGUUUAGUUUGUGUUCAAGAAACAGUCUUCUGUUAAGUUUGGGAAAAAAAUUAGACUUCAGCAGUGCAAGUGGGCAAAGAAACAGGCAGCUCAGCACUUUGGCUAAAUGUUGUUUUUAUACACUGUCCAAUACGUCAUUUUCGUAAGUGGCAAAAAACUUAAUUGGAUCAAUUAUCCAUUUUCACCUAAGUUAAAGAACAUAACCAAUUCUUAUAAAAUUUUGCUUUUACAUAUAUGAACCCAAUUUUUUUUAAAAAAAUUAUAAAGUGGUAAGCUAGAAGUACACAGUGAGGAGAAUAAAUUUCAAGUUUGUAUAGAGAAUUUAGCACUCUACCCACUGACUUGCUGCCAUCAAAAGAAAAGCAGAACUUUGUUGUUUGCUACAUUGCCCCUUGGCUGUGAUUAUUUUUGAUGAGGAAUAAUUUACAUAGAAUAAAAUUCACCCUUUUUAGUGCAAAGUUCUAUUUGGUUAUUAUUGUUUAACUUGACAAAAUUUGCUCCUUUUAAACAAUUGUUCCCAAAAAAAACUUGUAAUCAUGCUUCAUUUAGAUUCUCUAAAAUAAUUUUAUGUAAAGUAUACACGGUCUUGUGCUGUGAAGGUUGUGGGAUGCUGUUUCUUCUAGUUCCUAGGAUGGUCUCUCACUGACGUUGGGACUUCUAAGGCAAGAACUUUCUACAAGGUAAGGCAAGGUGGGAGUUUAUACAGGUGUAACUAACUCAACAGACUACCUUCGUGUGAAUAUUGUGAACCAAAGGCUUUUGUGCAGUCUAAGGUAGAAAUAGGUCUUAGUUCAGAAGCUUACGACCAAUCUUAUGUGGAUCUUUGGAU